AUGCAAAAAUUACUGGAACCACUCCUCCGCCAACCGCGCACUACCGUCGCCGGAAAAAUCAACAUCCCCUCCCCAAGCGACAAACUCACCGAGUUCACCCGCACACCCCUCGAUCUCCUCACGCAGCUCCUAGCGCUCCCUCCAAACACACUCCCCAACGACGCCUGGCUACACGAGCAAGAAAAGCUCCUUACAAACUUUCCCCCCUGUCUUCUGCACCCCAAAUCCAGCGGCCUAAUCUCCCGCGUCGCCGCCUCUAUAUCCUCCUUCCGAUUAGGCGAAACCAAGACAAUCUUAUGUCCCGCGCAUAAAGCACUAAAUCCCUAUCUAAUCCGCAAGAUAUUUCUCGAGCUAACCGCCGAAAGCACGACGCGAAUGCAGCGAUUAGUUUCCGACGGAGCGUUUGAAGAAUUACCCGUCAAUGUGCGGGAAUUUGUCGUUCGCAUGCAAAGAUUGAAUAGUAUCUGGAUGCAACCUGAUUUUUAUCGUCAGGCAUAUCAAGUAUCGCCUUCGGAACCGCGCUACCAACGCGUGGCUUCGGGCUGUGAGGCUUGUAUUCUUGCGACGAUUGGUGGAAAUCGAGAUAUUGUUCGUGAUUUGUGGGCGUCGAUUUUGGGACGUAGAAAGAAGAAUAGAGAGAUGAAGGGUUGGAUUGAUGUAGUACGAGCAUGGGGAAAAUGGCAUGAAAAUUUCGAAGCCCUGAAACUUGAAUCGACGGGUUUAGGAAGAGAAAUUUGUAAAUGUAGGAAACAUCUUCAGGCACUUAGAAGGGCUGCCACAAGAGAACAAUUACAGGGAACGGAAAAUCCUAUGGGCAGAAAUAGCGAGGCCCAAACACUUCUUGGACACGAUCAUUCUGUAGGAGAUGGAGAUGUAGAUGUAGAGAAUGAAAUUGUGGACUUUUAUGCCAAUAUGAUUUCGAGAACAUCUCUCGCAAAUAGAUCAGCUCACCCGGCAGGAGAGGUUCAUGCUGCCUUUUGCGACACCGUGACUUACAGCGGUGGAUUUUUCCACAACGUUUCAAGGCCUGUAGAAGGGAAAAGUGCAUCAGUCUAUUCCCGCGACGCAGUCAACGCUUCACGAAUUCCUCAAGAUAGAGCCGAAGGGCGAGCUAACACGUAUCGGCAUCUCUUUGGAAGUGAAGACAAUUCAGCCGCCGAAUCAGACGAAGAUGCUAAACUUCAAUUCACGGAUCCAUUUGCAGAUCCACCAGCGACCAAUCACCAUGCUUACCGUGGAAGCUACUAUGAAAAUCCACGAGCAUGUCCCUCGCCCCCUUCUCCUCGUACUACGAGUCAUGAGAACAAACCCAAAGAAAAACACGCACCACGUCAUCGAAGACCAGAUCCUCUAGUAAACCCUUUUUCACGAAGCUCACAUGUUGCUCACUCUGAGGUUGAGGACAGUGAUCGGGGAACUCGAUGUAGUGAUUUCAUGAAAUAG